AUGGACUGCACGACACAUUUUCUGAGCAGCUCCAUAAUUGCCCUACUGGAGGAGCACGGGAUACACCACGCCCGCGUCACCAUUGAUUUGCUGUCAGGGGAUGGGCGAACAGACGUCGACGGCGGUGACAGGAAUAACGACGAAAAUCAAGAGACGCGGCCAACCGACAUCAGCGUUGUUUUUAACGGGUGGGGGCGGGUCCUGCUGGCGGAGGGCGAACCGGCGCAGCAGCCUAUGGAGCCGCAGAGAGUGCUGCCACCGCCGCGCGCCCACUCACCCACUGGGAACACCACCUCACGAACGCCUCCCCUGGUGUGUGACAGCGACGCAGGAGAGUCAAACGAGCACCAACACAGCCAGCCAGCGCAAGGGGCGGAUGACAGGGACGAAGUGGGUUUGACGGAUGAAAUGAUGGACACCACGGCACGGCCAGGGGAUGCGCAAAGACGAGGGAGCCCCGUCACCGCCGCACUCUUUCCCCUGUCCCAUGCCAGGAAGGUUUCGGAUGCAGGUGCUGAAAAUUCCUCGCAGGGCGCCGCAUCGAACGGCCCGACAGAGGAUAAGCAGGGCAGUGAGGAGAUGCCGCACGAUCCGGCAACGGCUCCGCCCACCUCCGGCGGGGGGCGGCCGCUGCACGUACGGCAGGGGGUCUUACUCCCAUUGGACAGUCGACGGGACGUGAAGGGCCAGCCGGUGUUGCCAGCGGUGCCCCCGGCACCCCACUUCCGCAAGACGAGUGUCGUACUGGUGGAGCAGCAAAAGGCGGUGGCGCCGCCCAUAAAAACCACGCCGAUGGGCCCCACCCCUGUCUUCAGUAUUCUCAACACCGAACACGGCGAGCAACUGGAACGCACGUCCAGCAACAGCAGCACACGAAAGGCCAGUAGUGUGCAGGUAGUGGAGUCGCAGCCUGUUGAGGAGUUGAAGCAUCAACCCCACCACGCUGAAGCGGGGGAGGAUGCUCGAACAUCGAGCAUCCUCGUAAGCGGCGCGACGCCAAAGCAAGAGCAGCGUGACCCGAAGUUUGACGGUGCCAAUGCGGGAGAUGAGGUGAGGUUUCCCCCCGGUAUUGGAGCAGGGAGGCUACACGUUACAAAGAGGCAGCAACAACGCCAACGAUAG